AUGGGACACCCCAACAUCAGCAGUUACCGGAGGGUGAAGCACUUCUCAGCUGAGGAGACGGGGCGGGUGGUGGUGGAGGCAAAGGUCUCUGGCGGUGUCAGGGUGCGAGCGCAGAGCAGCCUGCCCGGCAGCAUCCCCAGCGACGUCGCCGCAGUUUCAGGCAACACAGCCCCAUUGUUCAACAUGACUGUUGUCUACGUGCCUGAGGACUUGGAGUUGGGCCAGCAAGCUUUCCAGCUGAAGGCUACUGACUUAGACGGGGACAAGCUCACCUACAGCAUCAGCGAGACCUUCUACUUCUUUGUCCAAACUGACACAGGCAAUGUGACACUGAGGAACUCCCUGGACCGUGAGACCAUGCCCAGGCUCACCAUGAUCGUCAAGGUGUUUGAUGGGGUAAACGAACCGGUUUCCAGAAAGCUCACAGUCAUCGUGGAGGACCGUAACGACAAUGCCCCGGUCUUCCAGCACCUACCAUAUCAAGCCUCCAUCCCCGAGAACAUGACACUCAACAGCGUCAUCUUCACCGUGUUUGCAAAUGACAGCGACACUGGGAACGCCUCGAAAGUCAGCUACAGCAUCGAGGAGGUGGUCCCAGACAGCAUGAAGAAUCGCUGGCUCUUCUACAUCCUGCCCAAUGGGAACGUGAUGCUCAACGGCUCGCUGGACUACGCCAUGAACACUUUCUACCAGCUCAAGAUCCUUGCCAAGGACGGCGGGGGGAUGCUGCACAACAUGUUGGUCUUCCAGCAGAGCUCAACCUACCUAUCACUGACCAUUCUCGACUUGCCCAACCAGGACCCACGGUUCCUCAAUGAGCCCUACUCCGGCUCUGUGCCCGAGAACUGUGCCCCAGGCACCACUGUGCUCACCGUCAGAGCCAUGGACAGAGACACGGGGGUGAAUGAUGAAAUCUCCUACAGCAUCACCAAUGCCAGCGUCCCCUUUGCUAUCAACGCUAUGACGGGCACCAUCACUGUAAGUGGGCCUCUGGACCGUGAGCAGCUGCCAAGCGAGGAGGUGCUGCUGGAAGUCAUUGCACGUGAGAAGAACCUGGACAUCCAUGGCAAGGUGGCCCAGGCUAGCACCCUGGUGACAGUCAUAGUGACUGAUGUCAAUGACAACAAGCCCCAGUUCUACCACUGCUCCCUUCCCAGCUGCAACUUCUCCACCAGUGCCCAGAACAACUUCGGUGGCAACAUCAUAGAGCAUUCCUCCUCCAGACUGCCUGUGUCCGACCUCAGCAUUGUCGCACAUGACCCGGACAAGGGCACCAACAGCAGCUAUGAGCUGUAUCUGCAGGGUCCGAAUGCCAACGCCUUCACUGUCUCCCCACCAAAGAUCGUAGGCACAGGGGAGGUUCAGCUCCUGGUGCUAGAGCCAUCUGCUGUGGACUACGAGAUAAGCCAUGUCAUGGAGGUGCAGAUAAUUGCUAACGACACAGGGAAACCCACGGACUGCUGCUCCACAGCCACUGUAACCAUCAACCUCAUCGACAGCAACGACCACAUCCCUGAGUUCCCCCAGAGCACCUACAACCUGAGCGUGAUGGAGAACAGCCCUGCUGGCACCAUCAUCACCCCAAACAUCACGGCCUAUGAUCCAGACAGCGGUGUCCUGGGGGAGAUCACCUACCAGCUGCUCCCGGAGACCAUCCGUCAAAUCUUCACUGUGAAUGCCAUGACUGGGGCAGUGCUUGUGCAGAAUGGGAGCUUUCUGGACCGGGAGACUCGUUCCAUCUAUUACGCCAACCUCCAGGCCAAGGAUGGAGGCAACCUGGCGGGCACCACUGUGCUGGAGAUCACUGUGCUGGAUGAAAACGACAUGGCACCUAUCAUCACUGGCUCCUACUACAUCUCAGUGAAAGAGGGACAGAAUGUCACAACACAGAUCCAGGCCAUUGACAACGAUGAGCCUGGCAGUCUAAACAGCAAGUUGGGCUUCAGGAUCUUACCAGGACCGUUCAGCAAAAACUUCACUAUCAACGAGGCCACAGGUGAGAUGCACAGCAAGGAGCCACUGGACCGCGAAGCCUUGGAAGAUGAGCGGGGGCAGAUGGUGGUGAUGGUGGAGGUGUACGACCAUGGCGUGCCACAGCUCAGCACCUCGGUGAACGUCACCAUCACUGUGGGGGACGUAAAUGACAACGUGCCCAUGUUCCUUAACGAGUCCUAUGAGUUCUCAGUCUUUGAAGACUCUCCAGGUAGACACUGCGUGGCCAGGCUGGCGGGGUCCCACGUGGGUGAGGUGGAGGCCACAGAUGCUGACCGGACAGAGAUCAAUUCCCGCAUUUCCUUCCUACUUCAGAGGGGCAGUGGCUCCAGCAACUUCUUGAUCCGCUCAUCCCCACUGGGGCCAGGGUACUAUGGUGGGCUGCUGUCUGUGGACCCCGACAUGUCCCUGGACUACGACACCCUGCAGCAGAAGUUCUUCUCCUUGGUGGUGUUGGCACAGAACACGGCUGCAGAUGACAUGGGGGACACUGCUAAUGUCUCGGUGGUAGUUCACGUCCUAGAUGUUAAUGACGAGCCCCCCACCAUCCUGCCUGUCUCACCAGAGAACCCGCAUGUGAAGGAGAAUGGCACGCAGCAGGGUCUGGUCAUCACACUGGUCGCCUCCGACCCAGACACCAACCACUCGCUGGUCUUCGAGGAGCUGGCGGUUGCCUGCUUCAAGGGGACGAUCAGCGCUGGGGAGGUGUGCUGGGACUGGUUUGUGCUGGCACCCAACGGCUCGGUGAUGGUGAACAGCUCGGACAUUGACUACGAGGUGUGCGACGUGGUGGAGCUUACACUGCGGGCUGAAGACCUGUACACCGAGAAGGGCAAUCGCUACAGCCAGAACAAAACCCUGAGGAUCCUCAUCACCGAUGUGAACGACAACACACCGGUCUUCCUGCCCAUCUCGGAGACCUUUGUGGUUGUCCCCGAAAUCUCUCCUGUGGACCUGCAAGUGGCUACUGUGAAGGCCACGGACGCCGACUCAGGGUUGGAGGGAACCAUUGUCUUCUCCAUUGUCCGUGUGGUGCUCGUGGAUGACAAAGGGCUCAGCCAGCCCUUCCCGAACCUCUUCAAAGUGGAGACAACUCCAGUGGAGAACGGCUACGUUGGGAGCAUCCAGGUGGCCAGCAACCUCGAUAGCUCACUGAAGGGGGAGUACCAGGUGACAGUGGAGGCUCGGGACAGCAAGCCACCAGUGCACACAGCACAGACUGUGCUGAACAUCUUCGCGGUGGAUCAGAGCUACCGUGUGCGCCUCCAGUUCGUGACAACAGUGGACAAAGUCCAGGCUAACUCUGAAAAUAUCAAAGUGGCCCUGACCACCGCAACCAAGGCAGGCGUCUACGUGGCAGCCAUCAGGACCGUGGAGGACACCCGUGCCUCCCAGGUGGAAGCCAAGUCGGUGAUGGAGGCAUACUUCGUCUAUAGCAAUGGCACUGCCCUGGACGUCAACCAGCUGAGUGUGCUCAUACAGUCUGACCCGCUGAUCCUGGCUGAACUGGUGCAAAUGGGCCUGGCCGUCAUCGGCCCUGGGGAAGUGGUGAAACCCACCAGGGAGACAGAGCUGAUCGGCAUCAUCGCAGGGUUGGCGGCGUUCCUGGUCAUCUUCAUCCUCAUCAUAACCCUGGUCUUGGUUCUCACCACCAGGAGCUACAAGAGGAAGCUGAGUGCAAUGAAGGCUCUGAAAGUGGCCACGACAUUCAGCCCUGCCAUGGCGCAGCAGGGAGCUGGCAUCCCCGGGACCAACCAGUACAAUGCAGAGGGGGCUAACCCCAUGCUGAAUCUCUCAAUCGAUCCCUCCCAUGACCUGGGCUUCCAUGAGGACACCAUCUCUGUGGCCAGCACGAAUUCCCUGGAUGAAAACACAGUAAAUGCACCCAGGGAACACAACCUCGAGGCCAAGAAAGGCAAAGCGCAGCUGAUGGACCCCACUGAUGAGGAGGUACUAGUGGCCGCCCUGGAGCUAAAGGAGCCCACCAAAACAGCAUACAUCAACACCACCUUCACCACCACCGACUUGUGA